GAGUGAUCUCAGUAUGUACUAUGAACUUGUCAGGCAGAUAUCUGGUUGCUUUCAUCGCGUCAAAGGCCGCACGCAACCAUAGGUGAUCUACAGGGCACCUCUGCGGCACCUUUCUCGGAUGGUCAGCAAAUCAGGAAUCAUUACGUUAAUGCACCUCUUUCACGCUCCUAUUACAUCUACUCCAUUGUCAUCUACGCCUACAAAUGAGCUGCGCCUCUUGUGCGCGUACGAAGACGGAAGCGUACUGCACCUGAGAAUAAACAAACUGUGGAGGGCUGUGGAUGGGCAGUGGACAUCUAAAAUUCAUUGAUGGCAAUGGCUGUUUCUGUAGAUUGCACGUUUGCGUUGACCUUCACCUGGUGGGACGGUAUGAUCUCCUGACUCGGCAAAGGGCAUCGGAAGGAACUGCAUUCAAGACCAAAUAUCUAGGCAACAGCGCUAUUGUCAUACGCGGCGACAGAAGAAUUUGUGCGAUAGGGGGAUGGGGCGGAUCAGAUUCAUUUCCUUGUCCCCACAAACUUCCCCAGACCACCCAACAUCAAGUCGAUACUAACAAGCAUUGCACUGGAUAUGGCAAGAAUCGUAUUGUCUUCCGCGUCUGGCCUCGUGAUCCCAAAGGAAACACCAUCAUAGCAUCUUCACUGCGGGGAAAGGAGGCUGACAAUGGAAUUGAUCUGUGGGGCGCAACACUCUACGACUUCUACUUUGUUCUACGUGCCCCAGAUGUAAAGAACUAUCUCACCAUCUCCACGGGCAGCAGACUUGCAAAAUGGAUGCGCAAGCAUGGUGAGCUCAUAGCAGAGGAUGAACUCUAUUGGGCCGAUAAGGAGGAGGAUCCUAAGGAGGUGCCAGUAGUCGAUAUCGGGGAACUGAUAAGGUGUUAUGAUACACGCGUCGCAUUGGGCAUAUUCAACCAGUUUUCCAGUCGAAAGAAGAUCAGAGAGAAGGAAAAAACAAGCCGGUCUGCUUUCAGCUAUAGCGACCUGGAAAAAGCCACAGAUGAAGAUUCAACCCCUCCAGUCGGUGAUCAAGGGGACAAUAUCGGGAGGGAGCAAGAAGAGGAGGCAGUAUCAGUCGUUGAUGACUAUUCAGAAGAUGCAAUUGCCCGUGCGCAGCUCAAGGCAUCAAUGCUUGAAACUGAAAGUGAAACAUCAUCAGAAGACAGUGCAGACCAGCCGACAGGCAAUCCUGCUGCGCCGUUGCCAAAUAUUGACUCGCCCUUCCAUCCCGACCACUAUCUUUCUCCAUAUCCUUUCAUCCCUUGCACGCACGACGAGAUUCCGAUACUUCAACAACGUAUUCCUUUGCACCUUCUUCCUCAAAAGCUCUAUGUUCAUGACCCUUGGAACAAAUUAACCGUCAAUAAGAAUGAUUCUGACCAUAAUACUCAAUGGCUUUCCAAGGUUACCAAUGAAGGAGACAUCGUCCGGACCUAUUCCCUCUCCUUUGGGCCGGAAGGUAAGAAGGUCGCGUCUAAGGCGCGGAAACAGGCCGAGAUAGCAGAAGACGAAGCAGCCAAGGAAGAGAGCGUGAUGCACAUCCUCCCCACUGACAAGGAAGGACCGACGGAAGAGCCGCGGAUUGAAGUUGUACUCCCUCCACGACCCCGGAAGAGGGCGCAAGUGGAAGAAGCUCAUCUCUACCUUUCACCUCGUGCAGUGGGCGUCGGGCAUAAUUCAAUCGUGCACAGCGUGGAGUGGGAGCUUCCGCGUGACCUUUUUGUGGAGCCUCGCCUAUGCAAAGCUUGUGUGGAGGAGGACAUCCGCCAAUAGGUCCAGAAAUUAAAGGACGAGGGAGAAUGGGAAGAAGUCCUAAAAGACCCGACGGAGAAACCCGAAGAAACAAUGCAGGGUG